GGCAUCAUCUGACGCGAUGUAUUGGUAACACUGAUGGUGUUUGAACGGAUUGCAUUAACGGAAAAAUUUUCAGACAAAACAAUUAACAUUUAACCGACAACUACGAAGUACGAUUGUACGAAGUACGAACACUGAACAAUAUUCCCUUCUUCAAUUCUUAGAGUUAGGAGUUUAGGCGGUUCGGUACGAAUUUUUACGGAAACGGAAUGGAGAAUUUGUCGUAAAGUGAAUCGUUGAAUCCUGUUCUUUGAGUUGUCUUAGUGUUAAUGUAUUUGCAUUUUCAACGUUUAUAUAGUGAUUUUUUAAGUUAUUUAUUCUUUUUUGAUAAUCUGUACUUUUAAAAGCCACUGAAUGAAAUUCGCCGGUGUGAAAUAAUAUGGAUAGUUGUAACAUUAAAGUGGCCAUCAAGGCCCGUCCUUUAAACCACAAGGAGCAGUUGGACGAUCGAGUUUACUGGAAAGUAGAAUCGGACAGUGUUAUUCACAUCGAUCCAAUAACUAAAAAGAAGAACGGAGAACAGUUUUUUUUCGAUAGAGUAUUUUCUGAUAAAUCAACAAACUAUGACGUGUUUGAUGAUAUUGUCAAACCAAUUAUUGACAGAGGAGUGCAAGGGUUUAAUGGUACAGUAUUUGCCUAUGGCCAAACUGGUUCUGGUAAAACAUUCACUAUGUCUGGUGAUCAGUCAAACCCUGGAAUUAUUCCGUUAGCUAUUAACUACAUGUUCAAUGCUAUGAAUAAUUCUUCUAGUAGAGAAUAUUUACUAAGAGCUUGUUAUUUAGAAAUUUACAAUGAAAAAGUUAUAGAUUUACUCGAAAAAAAAAAUAAUAAAAAUCAAACAAAAAAAAUUGAAAUUCAGAAAGACGGCUUACAUAUUACACCAUUAAAGGCUAUAGUUUGUCAAAAUUCACAAAUGGUUAUUGAUCUUAUGAAAAUAGGUGAAAAAAACCGGAGUAUUGGAGAAACAGAUAUGAAUGAAAGAUCAUCAAGAUCCCACACAAUAUUUCGCAUGAUUCUAGAAAGUCGUAAUGUAGAUGAUGAUUGUGACGGGGCUUACCAGCAAUCUGUGAUUAAUUUGGUUGACUUGGCUGGUUCAGAGCGAAGUAGUCAAACUCAGUCAUCUAUGGAACGGUUUAAAGAAGGUUGCAAGAUUAAUAGUUCCCUAACAACUUUAAGUCUUGUUAUCCAACAACUUAGUGAAUGUCCGGAUAGCUCUCAACAUAUCAACUUUCGUGACAGUAAACUUACGAGAAUAUUACAAACAUCUCUUGGAGGAAAUUCUUUAACUGCAAUUAUUUGUACAAUUACCUUAGCAGUUGAAGAUCAAACAUCUAACACAUUAAGUUUUGCCUCUCGUGCCAAAAAAAUUAAAAAUACUGCUAAAGUAAAUGAAAAUGUCACAGACGAAACACUUCUUAAACGUUAUAGAGUUCAACUUUCUAAAUUGAACAAAGAAUUAGAGGGUAUAAAACAAAAUCAGUUUGAAAAUGAUGAAGUUAAUGAAAUUAAAUACAAGUAUCAGGAAGAAAAGCGAACUAAUGAAGAAUUAAAGGAACGUAUAAUGCGUUUGCAAAACAAUAUGAUAACUUCUGCAGCUCAUACAGAACAACCCCCUAAUAAAAAAGGUUAUCAGCGAAGAAGAACUUGGGGUGGAAAAUUAGAUAAUACAUUUUCUUCAAACAGCAUUCUUGAAACUAUUGAAGAAGAUGUCAAUAUGCAUCGACCAAGUGUACCACCUAACUUUGGAAAUCUAAAUAAAGAUCUUAAAACACCAUUAGAACCAUUUGAAUGGGACUUAAUAAGAGAAGAAGAUCGCUCUGCUGUCACUGAAUCCACAAAUAACGAAAAUACUGAACAUCAUUUCUCACCACCAUCCAACAUUCCAUUCAAUGUUUGUGAAACUCCUAAAAAAGUUUUAAGAGAACGAGUAGAUAAUUACAGAAAUAUGUUUGAAAUGAGUAUGAAAGAAAACAAUGAGUUAAGAGAAUUCACAACUCUUGAGAAACAAAUGUUUUAUAAUAAUAAUGAGCAAUUAAAAGAUUUGAGUAAUUUAAGAAAGCAAGUUGAGAAUCUUCAAACUGAAAAAAAUGAAUCUGAAAAAAUGAUUGAAAAACUUAAAUAUUCAAUUCAAGUAGUUGAACAUGAAAAACGUGAUAUUGAAGUUAUUAUGGAGGUACAAAAGAAUAAAUAUGAUAAACGAGAAAUGGAACUUCUGGCAACAAUUCAGGAAACAAGGUAUGAGUUACAACUCAAGGAGGAUCAAAUAAAAAAAACCAUAUUAAGUGAUAACUUUAUGACAGAAAAGCAAGAAGAAAUUAAAAGACUAGAAAUGAAAAUUAAAGAAAUGUAUCAAUUAAAUAAUACAUAUAUUAAUGAAAUAGACACUUUAAAAUUACAAUUGUUGAAUAAAGACCAGCAACUUAACACAGAGUUAUCUAAAGAAUGUUCACUUUUGAAUGAGUUAUCUCUUCUUCAAAAUAAUGCUGUUGAAGUUAAAUCAGUUCCAGGCGCUAUUAAAUAUUUAGCUGAUGAAGGGUAUUUCACUCUUAAAAAAUGUGAAAUAUUGGAACUGGAUCAAUUAUUAGAACAUAUUCAUAAUACAGUUGGAAAAUUGCAACUAGAAAACCAAAGUUUAAUAGAUGAAAACAAUAAUUUGAAGUUAAUUACAAAUGAAUUUAAUAUUCAAAUGAAAAAUAUAAAAGAAGAGAAUUAUGAAUUGAGAUUAAAACUUAACACAAUUGAGGAAUAUAUUAAGUCUACAAUCAAAGAUUUCAGUGAAAGUUCUGAGAUAGAUGUAGACAAUUCUGAUACAAAUAGUUUAAUUGAUUUUGCAGUUAAACACUUUGAAGAUAACACAAACAAAAUUGAUAUACUGUCAAACAAGAAUUUAAUUUUAGAAGAAAAAUUGUCUUUAUCAAAUACAAAACUGUGUGACAUAAAAUCAUUCGUAUUUAAUGAUCUUGAUUGUAUUCUUCAAAGUAUUUCUGAUAUGGAACUUGAAUCAAGUACUGAAAUGGAAAAAUUCAAGAAGCAACUUUCAGAAACUCUUGAAGAAAAUUUAUUUUUAAAAUCAAGUAUUCAAGCAUUCAAUAAAUUAACAUUUGAUUGUGUUGAUAUUAUUGAACAAGUUAAGACUAAUCAUUCAAAGCUUGUUUAUCUUCAAACAGAACUUACAGUCUGUAAUGCUGUUAAAAAUGAAUUACAAGUACAAAUUGAAGAAUUAAAUAGUUUGAAUGCAAAUCUUAAUAUGUUUAUUGAUAACCAAACUAAAGUUGAAAAUGAAAUUAAAGAAAAUCUGGAUGCUAAAUCUAUCGAUUUAAAUGAUGCCCGUAGUAAAAUAGUUGAAAUGCAAUUGAUGAUAAAAGACAAUGAAAUUGAAUCUAAAUCAAAUGUUAUCGUUUUAAAUCAAUUAAGAACUGAACUUGAAACUGUUAAGUCAUACCUUAAAGACAAAUCAAAUAUGAUAGUUGAGCUUGAAGAAACUAAAUUAGAAUUAUUAUCUAAAUAUAGUGAAUUAGAGAAAUGUAAGUCAAAUGCUAAAUAUAUUGAUGAAAAAGAAGAAAUUGAAAAAAAAUUACAAGAUGAAUUAGUUACAAAGACAAGCGGUUUGCAAAACGCACUAGAUGAACUAAAAGAAAUUAAUUUUAAACUUGAACUGAAUGAUUCUGAAUUAGAAAAAUUAAAAACUUCACUAAGUUUAGUGGUAUCUGAAGUUGGUGAAAAGUUAAAACUUAUUGAAAUGGAAAACUCUAAAUCUGAACUUGCUAAAAGCAAGGAGUUAGAAGAAACAAGUCACCUUAGCAUUAUAAAUUCUACACUUGCUGUCAAAUCAGAGAGUGAAAAUGAAAUUCAUACUGAAUUACUGAUAAAGACAAAAGAAUUAGAAAAUGCAAUUUCACAAGUUAAUGUUUUACAAUUAACAAUUGAAGAAAUGAAAAUAAAAACAAUUUCUGAUUCUACUGUUAUUGAAAGAUUAAAUAAUGAACUCGAUACUGUUAAAUUUGAACUGGGAGAAAAAUCUAAACUUAUGGAUGAAUUUAAAAUAAAUGAAUCUGAAGAAACCAUGUGUAAUAGCUUAGGAACAAUUUCUGAGCUUAACAGCACUAUUACAAAACUUACAUCUGAAUUGGAAGAUAAAUUAAGGCAUGAAAAAGCAUUAAAAAAUGAAUUACAAAUUGUUACGGUAGAAUUGGAUGAUACUGUUUCAAAAGUUGAUGAAGUAAAAUCAGUAAUUAACAUUUUGAAUAUGAAGCAUGAAUCUUAUAUUUCUAUUGUAGAACAACUGAAUUAUGAACUCAACUGUAUUAAAACUACACUCAAUGAAAAAACUCAAUUAAUUUUUGAAUUAGAAAACACAAAUUUAGAACUUUCAACAAAAUGUAAGAAUACUGAAGAUGAAAUAAAUAAAACCAUCCAUGACCUUAAAGUAAAUCUGGAGGAUAAAAUUAAAGUUGAAAAUGAAAUAAGAGAUGAACUUAACACUAAAACUAUUGAAUUAGACCAUGCAAUGUCUCAAGAACAAAACUAUCGAAUUAAGUUAGAAAGUAUGGAGAGUGAAUUAAAAUCAAAUGCUAUUGUAUUAGACCAACUUACAAUUGAUUUAGACAUGAAAUCAAAUGUAAUUUCGAAAUUAGAAAAUAUAAAUUCUGAAUUAAUUAUAAAAUGUGAUAAAAUUAAUGAAGCUAUGUUAAAAAACAUGAAAGAUAAUGAAUUAACUUAUACAGAUAUUCAAUGUCAGUUACAACAAGUUCUCCAAGAAAAAUCUUUAAUUCAAACCGAUUUGAAUCUGAUUAGUCAAAAGUUUAUGGAAUUGUCAGAACAUCACGAUGAGACAAAAAAUAUUUUAGAAAAUAAAGUUAAAUUAGAAAUAUUGAAUUACCAUAGGUUAUAUAAAGAAUUUGUAAAUUUGUCUUGUGAUAUUGAAUCUUUAUUAAAACGUCAAUCUACUAAAGAAUUUAAUUUGAGGGAAGAAAUUUUAGUAAAAUCCACAGAGCUUGAACACUUGCAAAAACAACUACUUGAGUCCAGUUUACAACAUGAAUACGACAGAUUAGAAGAAGAAUAUAUGUUGAGAUCUCGUGAAUGCGAUGAAGCACGAGAAAAAAUAAUAAAUUUUGAAUCAAUAUUGUCUAGAAAUGAAGAAUCUGAAAAAGUUCUUAGAAAUAAUUUAGAAUCCAAAUGUAUUGCUCUAGAAGAAUAUAAGAAAAAUGUUGAAUUUUUGUUUUCGAGAAAUGAUUCGUUUCAAGUCAGAGUUAAUGAUUUUGAAGAUAAUGUUUUAGUGGAUUUAAAUGACGAAUUUGAUUUAAUGAAAUCAGAAUUAUCAAAAAAAACAGAAUAUGAAAAAAUUUUAAUUGAAGAAAAAGCAAAUCUUGAAUGUAACAUGGACAGACUUCAAGAAAAACUUACCAAUGUCACUAAAGAAAUGGAACUUAGCGAAGAACGAUGUGAAGAUUUGGCUUCAAUUAUUAAUGUAUUAGUAAUUGAAAUAAAGGAUGCAAAUUCUGUUAAACAAAAGUUAGAGGCUUGUUUGAAUGAAGCUGAAUAUGAUUUAAUAAAGUCUGGAGAUUUCUGCGAAAACCUUAAAUUUGAAUUAUAUAGGGUACAAAGAGAAUUAGAAAAUGCAUGCGUCAAUGCUGAAAGUGUAGAAAAAGAAUUACAAAAUCUUAAAUUUAAACUUAAUGAUGAAAAUGAUAAAAAUGAAUUGAAUGGUUCUGAUGUGAGAAAUAAAUUAAUUGAUCCACUUGUAGAUUAUGUACAUGAUAUUAAAUUGAAACUCACUGAACUCAAUUCUGCAAUAAUAUCAGGAAAUCAAAGUGAAAAACGAUUAAGAACAAAAGUUUUGUCUACUGAGGAGGAUAUUUUACCACAUGAAGACACAUUAAAGAUAAACUGUGACUCACAACCUGAUUCUCCUGAUAUUGACAUUGGCUUAGAAAUUGAUAAUUUACAUAAGAUAUUAAAU